AUGACUGCCAUUACCAACAUCGACCAACUACCUGGCUCUUUUCCGGACCCCAGCUCCCUUUCGGUCUUCACAGAUGACGAGGCCGUUUCCAUUGCGAGAACAGUAGCGCCGCAGAUAGUUGCGCUUCUCACGAGUCCCGAGAAAGACGAUUUCGCCCAGCUCUUUCUAGCUGGCGCUUUCUGGAGAGACCUUGUGGCCUUGUCGUGGACAUUGCGCACUUUUCAUCCCACCUCUGCAAUCACAGAAAGUGUCGUACCAUUAAUAAAACGAGCCUCCAUCGACUGCUCAUCCAUACGACUUGACGAAGCACAUGUUGUGGCCAUUCCAUUCCCCAACGGCGUUUCGGUAGUCCGCGCACCGUUCACUUUCACCACCUCUUCUCCUUCGACACAGUGCACCGCUGCUUUUAAGAUUGUUCGGCUUAGCACCGGACAUCUCAAGGUCCUUACGGUUACAACCGCACUUCAUGAAGUCAACUCGAUACCCUGGAGAAAAUUCGAUCUGCCAGCAGCGUUUUCACCUACGGUUCCGACAACUCUUGAUGUAUUGGUUGUUGGAGGAGGUCACGCCGGACUGAGCAUUGCAGCAUACCUAAAGGCCCUCGGAGUCGAUUUCGUUGUGGUAGAGAAGCAAAAUGCAAUUGGCGACAGCUGGAGCAAGCGCUAUGAUAGCACGACUCUGCACACUACCCGUGUUUUUAGCGGCUUGCCGUUCGUUGGCUUCCCCUCCGAUUAUCCACAAUACAUUCCUGCUAAGCUCAUCGCCAACUACUACACCGAUUAUGUGAACAAGCUCCACCUUCCAGUCUAUUGUGGGCGGGAAUGCGUAUCAGCGACUUGGGAUGCUUCCUCCGAUCGAUGGGAAGUUACUCUGAACGACAUAUCCGGAAACCAAACCAUCCGAGUUCGAACUCUGGUCUUCGCAACUGGCAUCGGUGGACGUUUCCCUCUGGUUCCCGAUCUUCCAGGAAAAGAUGCAUUCAAAGGCCAAGUCUUGCAUUCGAUCGAUUAUACUUCCGCCUCUCGUUGGGCCGGGAAACGGGUUGCAAUCGUUGGAGCGAGUACAACUGCAUGUGAUGUUGCCCUGGACUGUGUCAAAGCCGGAGUUGAAGUCGUUACGAUGAUCCAGCGCGGAGCAACGAGGAUUUACCCACAAGAACACAUCACGCGAGUGCAGGCGCGUUUCUGGAACGACGACAUACCGGUUGAAGUAGGCGAUUCGAUGGCGACAGAGGACCCGAUGGUGUUAUCGGCUGCGCUAAGCUCUAUCGUGUUAAAACAACUGCAAAAUUCCUACAGUCCGGAAUUUUAUGCUGGGCUGAAAAACGCUGGGUUCAUUGCAGCUGUCGACGGUUCGGUCCAUCAACAAAUUUACUGCCGGGCGGGAGCGCAUUAUCCAGAUAUUGGCGCAUGUGGUGCUAUUUCGCGGGGCGAGAUCCAGGUCAAGUCAGACGCAAACAUUGACCGUAUCCUCCCCACAGCAAUAGCCUUUUCCGACAAUACACGUCUGGACACUGACGUCAUUGUCUACUGCACUGGGUUCGAAAAAGAUGCCAGAAAUACUGCAGCAGCCAUCAUUGGGAAGGAUACUGCGAACAUCUUAGAACCUGUUUGGGGGCUUGAUGCUGAAGGCGAAGUACGCGGCUGCUGGCGGCCCAGUGGUCAUCAUAGGAUUUGGUUUCAUGGCGGAGAACUGCAGACAAUGAGAUAUUACGGCCGCUUUCUGGCUAUGCAAAUCGCUGCGGAGAUUGCGGGGGUUAGACCGUCACCGGCCCGGGCUGUAAAUCCUUAG